CGUGGUUGACUAUUUCUUAUGUUAGCGGAGAAGUUUUAACACCCCCAUAUUUUAAUCUUGCCGAUGGUAGAAAGAUAACGGCAACAGCAACAUGCGGAGAAGGUACGCCCGAACCUGAAUUAUAUUGUAAAUUGGUUGGAGCCAAUGCAGACAGAGACGUGAACAUAAAUCUUAUUCAGGGCCAGGUUUCCUGAGGUAAAAAAAAAAAAAAAA